AUGUCUGACGAUUACGAAAGUCUUCCUGACUCCGUACCUUUUGUUAACCAUCUUGCUGCCGGUGCCUUAGCCGGUAUCAUGGAACAUUCAUUGAUGUACCCUAUCGAUAACAUCAAAACCAGAAUUCAAGCAUCCAUAAACAUCAACCAAUCUAUCAUCAAUAGCAUUAAAAAAGUGUCUUCGGCAGAAGGGCUUAAGUCUCUUUGGAAAGGUAUAUCUGCAGUCGUUGUUGGUGCAGGUCCUGCCCAUGCAGUAUAUUUUGGAGUUUAUGAAUUUUUUAAAACAAAUAUGAUUGACAAUCAUGCCUCUGCUCCAGGAAGCUUUAACAGCAUCGAUUUUCUCUAUUUUAGUAAGAUCGCUCUUGCUGGUGGUACCGCCACCGCGACUUCCGAAGCUCUUAUGAACCCAUUUGAUACCAUCAAGCAAAGAAUGCAAAUAAACUCGUCUUUCACGAAAAACUCAAAACAGUUCAAUCCUAACUACACUUCCAUCUUCAAGACCAUGUCAUACAUUUACAAGAAGGAGGGCUUCAAGGCUUUCUAUUACUCUUACCCAACUACAUUGCUCAUGACCGUGCCUUUCCACGCCACAAACUUUUUGGUUUAUGAGUCGAUGACAAAACUUUUGAACCCAACUGACUCAUACAACCCAUUGGUCCAUUGUGUUUCUGGUGGUUUGGCUGGUGGUUUGGCUAGUGCCAUCACUACCCCAUUCGAUUGUGUGAAAACCGUCUUGCAAACUCAUUCUUUCACUAUGAAAUUCGAGGAUGCUAGCCCAUCUUCUACUAACCACUCUUCGUCAUCUUCUUCCUCUUCCACUUCCUCUUCUUCUUCCACCUCUUCCAAUAUUCGCAAUAAUGCCAACACUAAGAUUGCCCAACAAAUGGUUCAUUCUAACAGUCAUGAGGGAACCACUUUAGUGAUGGCUUCUCGCAACUUACACCAAUCUUCCGCAAGCCAUGCAAUGAAUGCCUCGACGAAAAUCAAUAGUUUCUUCACCGCUGCCAAAUACAUAUAUUCCACAAACGGUAUCAACGGGUUCACGAAAGGGUUGAAGGCUAGAGUUGUUUCAAAUAUCCCAGCAACCGCCAUUAGUUGGACAAGUUACGAAAUGGCCAAGUUUUAUUUGAAUAGAAAAUCAAUGACCAGAAAUAACAAUGUUCUUGCUUAG